AUGGACACCACCCCGCAUCACAUUGUCGCUAUUGAAGGCGUGCAUUGCGAGAUCCCGGAAUUCGACCUGCCAGGGCCGCAUACCCGAGCCGUUCACAGAUUGACAGCUCAAUCAGAUCUUCCAGAACGUGUCAAAGAUGCCACGAUCAUCAUCACCACGACAACGCGCCUGACAGCGGAGACUCUCAGUCCCGCAAAUACCCCCAAACUACGCCUCAUUGUGAUCAUGGCGACCGGCACGGAUUGUGUCGACUUAGCUGCCGCGACAGCUCGAGGAGUCACCGUAUGCAAUUGCCCAGGCAGCAAUGUAGCCAGUGUCAGCGAACACGCCAUUGGGCUCUAUUUCGCAGCUCGGAGGAAGUUCGUCGAGCUCCAUAAUGCCACAGUCGCUGUGCCAUCAGACCUAUCGCUCAACACGGAGUGGAAGACUAAAGGAUCAUUGAUGGGUCGGGUUCGCGCACCGGAUGGAAAGGCUCCUUUGCUGUGUGGUGAUGAGACCACUUGCAUCGUUGGAUAUGGAUCCCUCGGUAAACGCAUCGAGUCAAUGGCGAAGGGUCUCGGUAUGAACGUUAUUAUCGCCGAGCGCAAGGGCGUGUCUCCUCGGCCUGGCCGGGUUGGAUUCGAAGAGGCGUUGAAGAAGUCGACGGUAGUCAUUUUGUGUCUACCCCGGAGCGCGGAGACUAUCAACAUGAUCUCCACCGAUGAGUUCCAGAGCAUGUCACCGCACGGAUUGUUGAUCAAUGUCGCCAGAGGUGGCAUUGUCGAUGAGCAGGCUCUUCUUGAUGCUCUCAAAAGCGGCGCGAUUGCUGGAGCGGCUACAGAUGUCUAUACCAAGGAGCCCGCUGGAAGGGGAGACUCGCCUUUAAUAAGUCCGGAGGCUGCGGGUUUGAACUUGACCCUGACUCCUCAUCUUGCCUGGUACUCGGAAACGACACUUCAAAAUCUUUCCGGUGCAGUGAAGAUCACGGUAGAAAAAUGGUGUCGUGGUGAGGUUCUGAAUCAGGUCCUUUAG